GACGACGGGGACGGCGGGUCCCUGGAGCGGCGCCUGGGCCGCAGCGACCUGGUCAUGAGCUUCGUCAACAUGGUGGAACGCGACCGGACCCUGGGCCACCAGGAGCCCUACUGGAAGGAGUUCCGCUUUGACCUGACCCAGAUCCCGACAGGGGAGGCGGUCACAGCUGCUGAGUUCCGGAUCUAUAAGGUGCCCAGCACCUGCCCACUCAACAGGACCCUCCACGUCAGCAUGUUCGAGGUGGUCCAAGAGCACUCCAACAGGGAGUCUGACUUGUUCUUUUUGGAUCUUCAGACGCUCCGAGCUGGGGACGAGGGCUGGCUGGUGCUGGACGUCACCGCAGCCAGUGACCGCUGGUUGUUGAGCCAUAACAAGGACCUGACACUCCGCCUCUAUGUGGAAACCGAGGAUGGGCACAGCUUGGAUCCGGGCCUGGCUGGUCUGCUUGGGCGACGGGCACCGCGCUCCAGACAGCCUUUCAUGGUCACUUUCUUCAGGGCCAGCCCGAGUCCCGUCCGCACCCCUCGGGCAGUGAGGCCACUGAAGAGGAAGCAGCCGAAAAAAUCCAACGAGCUGCCGCACCCGAACACACUCCCAGGGAUCUUUGAUGACAUCCACGGCUCCAAUGGCCAGCAGAUAUGCCGUCGGCACGAGCUCUACGUCAGCUUCCAGGACCUUGGCUGGCUGGACUGGGUCAUCGCCCCCCAAGGCUACUCGGCCUAUUACUGUGAGGGGGAGUGCUCCUUCCCGCUGAACUCCUGCAUGAACGCCACCAACCAUGCCAUCCUGCAGUCCCUGGUGCACCUGAUGAAGCCAGAUGCAGUCCCCAAGGCGUGCUGUGCACCCACCAAGCUGAGUGCCACCUCCGUGCUGUACUAUGACAGCAGCAACAACGUUAUCUUGCGCAAGCACCGCAACAUGGUGGUCAAGGCCUGUGGCUGCCACUGAGGCCUGGCCACUCGGCCCUGCUGCAGUGGCCCUCCCCAUUUGGAUUAGGCAACCCACACGAAACCCUCACGUGCUGUCACCACUCAAGAAGAGUUUGG